AUGAUUUUACUCUCAUACAAUGUGCGGGAUUUGGGCAGCAGUGUGAAACUGCGUGCUUUAAGGGAAUUAGUACGGCAGGAGAAAAUAGAUAUGAUGCUCAUCCAGGAAUCUAAGUUGGAAGUAGUUGAUCAAAAUUUGUGCAGGUCAAUUUGGGGAGCUGAUGAUUGUGAAUGGGUCUUCAAAGCCUCUAACAGCAGAGCGAGGGGUUUAAUUUGUAUCUGGCAAGUGGAAAAAUUUGUACUGGUAGAUAGUUUGAUAGGUGAUUUCAACGCCGUUACUAAGCCUGAGGAAAGGAUAGGAUCUGCGAAUCGAAACCUGUAUGAGCGAAGGGAAAUUAAUGAUUUUAACUCCUUUAUCUCCAACCUACACCUGCUGGAGCCCCCUUUGGCUGGUAAAAAAUUCACCUGGUUCAGCGCAAAUGGCCAGGCGGCGAGUAGACAGGAUAGAUUCUUAUUGUCUCACGACUGGUGUUGUUGCUGGCCAAAUAGCAAUCAAUUGGUGCUGAAUAGAACCUUAUCCGACCACUGUCCCGUCCUAUUUCGUGUAUCAAAUCUGAAUUGGGGCCCUAAGCCUUUUAAGGUUCUGAAUUGCUGGUUUUCUGACCCAAGGUUCAAAGACUUUGUGGCUAAGGAAUGGGAACAGAUUUCAAUUUCAGGAGCUAGUGGCUUUGUACUGAAAGAGAAGCUAAAGGCUAUCAAAGAGAAACUCAAAAUCUGGAAUAAAGACAUUUUUGGGGACGUUAACCAAAACUACAGGGAACUAGUGGAAAAAUUGGAAGAGUUGGAUCAGAAACUAGGAAAUGGUGGGCUGUCUACUCAGGAACAGAAACAGUGGAAGAGGCAAUCUAACUGUUUGGUGGGCUUGCAUAUUAAUGAGCUUUGGGUGGAAGAUCCGGUUUUGGUGAAGAAUGGUGCUAGAGAGUUCUUUGAUCUGAAAUUUAGAUGUGAUAAUCAGAUUGCUCCGACGCUUGAUGGCAUUCCUUUCCGGCGCAUAGGAGAAAAUGAGAGGAUGAACCUUAUGCGAAGUUUGAUCCUGUGGAGGUUAAAGAAGCAGUUUGGGAGUGUGGAAUUGAUAAAAGCCCAAGUCCGGAUGGAUUGCCCUGCGAACUUGUCUGAUUAUAGACCAAUCUCCCUAGUUGGAUGUGCUUAUAAAAUUGUGUCUAAAGUGCUUGCCAACCGUAUUAAAAAGGUGCUGCCCUCUGUAAUUAAUGAAGCUCAAAGUGCUUUUCUGGAAGGGAGAGGGCUCAUGGAUAGUGUUGUUGUGGCAAAUGAGUGGGCUCAUGAUGCGAAAAGUCGUAAGAAAGGCUCAAUGGCUUUCAAAGUAGACUUUGAAAAAGCCUACGACUCAGUCCGUUGGGACUUUCUUUAUUACAUGAUGCAUCGUAUGAAUUUUGGCGACCAGUGGAUCUCUUGGAUCAAAGGAUGUAUUGAACCUACUAGAGUUUCUGUUCUAAUCAAUGGUAGUCCAAGCGGGGAAUUUAGUAUGGGGAAAGGGAUAAGGCAAGGUGAUCCUAUCACACCUUUCUUGUUUUUUAUUAUUGCUGAAGGACUCAACGGUUUAAUGAGACAAGCAGUUGAUCUCCAUCAAUUUAAAGGGUACUGUUUUGGACGCCAAACAAAUGAGGAGGUAUCUAUUCUUCAAUUCGCUGAUGACACUUUAUUUAUCGGGGAGGCUACUAAGGAAAACGCGUUUACUCUGAAAUGUAUGCUUCAUUGUUUCGAGUUGGCUUCGGGAUUGAAAGUCAAUUUUUUCAAAAGCAGUUUGAUUGGUAUCACGGUUGAGGAGAGGGACUUGCAGAUCUUGGCUGCAAUUUUAAAUUUCAAGUUGAUGAAGCUUCCUUUUAUUUAUCUGGGAUUGCAGGUGUAG